AUGCUACCUCAUACUUUGCCGGCUUUAUCGCGCGAUGGCCUUCAUCCCAUCGGUUUCGUCGGCUCCGGUUGGACAGCGCCUACAGAUCGUGCUUCCUCUGCAGCCAGCACAAUACUCCCCACAGCUCCUUUACCCGCCUCUUAUCACGCCUAUCCCUACAGUAAGCCGACUAGACCAAUCUCAUCAACACCGCACGACACUUCGAUUGGGUUUGCCCCUGGGGUCCUUCCAUCAGCAUCCUCACCAUCUUAUCCCUCCAGGUCGUUAGUCUCUUCUGAAUACAGCGACACGUCUGCCUACAUGCCUGGCAUGGCGACAGACAAAUCCCAGCUCAGUGCCCAUUCAGGCCUGACAAACGGGCCGUCAGAAUCGGAUAAACAUUCGAUCGGGUUCCGCCACUUGGCGCAGCCCUGUGCUGCUGCCGGACAUCCCAGCCGGCCUGCUAAGGCGCCACUGGCGCGUCUCAGCGACGAUUUGUCCGGCCUACAGACAUCUCCUUUGUCUUCGGCUGAGGCUAGGCGCGGCUUUGGUUUUCAUGACCACUCUACGAAUGAAUCGACAUCUCGUGCUCAGGAUGUUACUGCUUACUCUGACGCGUCUUCCUUGACCAGGUUGGAUGGACAGCAGGUCAGCAAGCGGAGUACAGCUGCGGCUUCCUUGGCUUGUACCGAGGACUGUGUGAUGGUGCCUGCAGAGUUAGCAGCUAGUUCCAAGGGUGAGUUUUUAGUCAGCAAAUUUUUCCUUGUAUCUGCUAAUCUCCAUUCUAUUACCGGGAAUUCCGCUAUUGGUCUUGAUCGCAUAGCUUAA